AUGGGUGCUCAAGUAUCUAAACAGGUGGAAAGAAGAAAGGCAAUUUCAACCGAAAAGAAAGCCUUGGUUGAUCUGAAACAGAGCAGUGGAAUUGACUUCCCUGGUUCAGAUUACCAUCCUACAGACAGGAAGAACUGGAUGUUAGGCCUUGAUCCUGGGAAACUCCACAUCAACAAAAUCGUUUGGCCCGGAACCCAUGAUUCUGCAACCAACAAGAUUGGAAUCCCCUGCAUCUCUCGCCCUUUUGCCCAAUGCCAAUCUCUCUCAAUCUACAAACAGCUUGUGAGAGGUGCCCGGGUUGUGGAUAUCCGGGUUCAGGAAGAUCGAAGAGUCUGCCAUGGAAUUUUACUGACUUACAGUGUCGAUGUCGUGAUCAACGACGUCAAGAAGUUCCUGUCCGAAACUCAAUCCGAGAUCAUAAUCCUCGAAAUCCGAACAGAAUUCGGGCACGAGGAUCCGCCUGAAUUCGACAAGUAUUUAGAGGAUCAGCUCGGGGAAUACCUCAUUCAUCAGGAUGACUCUGUUUUCGGGAAAACAAUCGCUGAUUUGUUGCCUAAGAGAGUGAUUUGCGUGUGGAAACCCCGGAAAUCGCCGCAGCCGAAACCCGGAUCGCCGUUAUGGAGCGCUGGAUACUUGAAAGAUAACUGGAUUGAUACUGAUUUGCCAUCUACGAAAUUUGAGAGCAACAUGAAGCAUUUGAGCCAGCAGCAGCCUGUUACAUCCCGGAAAUUCUUUUACAGGGUUGAGAACACUGUAACGCCACAAGCUGAUAAUCCUGUUUUGUGCGUCAAACCGGUUACAAACAGAAUUCAUGGAUUUGCUAGACUGUUCAUAAACCAGUGUUGUUCAAAGGGUUGUGCUGAUCGUCUCCAGAUCCUCUCCACAGACUUCAUAGACGAAGAUUUCGUAGAUGCAUGUGUAGGUUUCACCUAUGCCAGAGUUGAAGGGAAGGCUUGA